AAAAAAAAAAAAAAUACAUGCUCCAAAAUCUUGCAUUCUUUUAGAAAUCUUUCCAGAUAUAGAUGAAAACAUAAAUAAAGCAGUUAUCGGGUUAGGUAGGUGGUGGUGGGUUGUGGUCUCAGGGCGGAGUAGAAAGAUAAUGGUGGGUUUGGAAUAUCCAUGGCGGUUGUUCCCAAAUUCUCAGUCUUAUUCUUCAACCCUUUUGUCACCUCUGGUUUCGUCUUCUUUGUGCACCAAAUACACACCUCCAUUACCGUCUUCUUCAUCAUUGAGGAAAAGCUUACUUUUCUUGUCUUUUUCAUUACCAAACACCAAAAGAACUAUUAUCAACCAUGUCGUACAUGGCAGGUGCUCAAUCAGAUUUGCUCUUCCUCACAGUCAAAAAUCAGAAGCCAUUGUCAGUGAAGAAGAAGAAGAAGAAGAAGAAGAAGAAGAAGGAGAAGGAGGAGGAGGAGGAACAGGUAUAACCCGUGUCCAAAAUCGCGGGAAUUUGACGGUAAUAUUGUCGUCUUGCUUAGUUGGUCUACUCACAGGGCUCGGCGUGGUUCUCUUCAACAACGGAGUGCAUGAAUUACGGGACUAUUUCUGGGAUGGGAUACCAUACCGAGGAGCUUCUUGGCUGAGGGAGGGACCCAUUGAAGAUACAUGGAAGCGAGUGAUUUUGGUUCCAACUUGUGGGGGUCUGAUUGUGAGUGUGCUAAAUGUUCUUCGAAGUGUUUUGGAUGAUGAUCCAGAAGAGAAUGAUGGUUCUAUUGAGGGAUUGGGAUUGCCCAUUUCCAUUUUUGAUGGUUUGAAGGCUGCUUCUCGUCCUUUUCUCAAAGCAGUCGCAGCUUGUGUUACCCUCGGUACUGGGAAUUCAUUGGGUCCUGAAGGUCCUAAUGUGGAGAUUGGAACUUCCAUAGCCAAGGGUGUUGGUUAUCUGUUCAAUAGAAGUUCUGAAAGGCAGACUUCCAUUGUGGCUGCUGGAUCGGCUGCUGGAAUUGCUUCUGGGUUCAAUGCUGCUGUUGCUGGAUGUUUUUUUGCGGUAGAGUCGGUCUUGUGGCCUUCACCAACAGAUCCUUCAUCAUUGUCACUUUCAAAUACCACUUCUAUGGUUAUUCUGAGUGCAGUCAUAGCGUCUGUAGUUUCAGAAGUAGGUCUGGGUUCUGAACCAGCCUUUAAGGUCCCAGUCUAUGACUUCCGCUCUCCAACUGAGCUUCCGCUUUACCUGUUGCUGGGAAUCCUAUGCGGCUUGGUUUCAUUGGCUCUAUCUAGGUGCACAUCAUUCAUGUUGGUAAUUGUUGAUAAAUCUCACAAGACCAUUGGCAUACCAAGGGCUUUGUUUCCCAUACUGGGUGGCUUGUGUGUUGGCUUGAUAGCAUUGCCAUAUCCUGAAAUUCUUUAUUGGGGUUUUCAAAAUGUGGACAUUUUAUUGGAAUCUCGGCCAUUUGUGAAAGGCCUCUCAGCUGAUCUACUGCUUCAGCUUGUGGCAGUGAAGAUCAUAGCGACCUCUUUGUGCCGUGCCUCUGGAUUAGUGGGAGGUUACUAUGCUCCAUCCCUCUUUAUUGGUGCAGCAACAGGAGUAGCAUAUGGGAAACUAAUUAGUUUUUUGGUUGCUCAACCCUAUCCCUUUGCUCAUAUCUCCUUCUUGGAAGUUGCAUCACCACAAGCAUAUGGCCUGGUAGGAAUGGCUGCGACUCUUGCAGGGGUGUGUCAGGUACCUCUUACGGCAGUUUUGCUGCUUUUUGAAUUGACACAGGACUAUCGGAUAGUUCUCCCACUACUUGGAGCUGUAGGAUUGUCUUCAUGGAUUACAUCUGGACAGUUAAGGAGAAAAGAUGCAUGGGAGAAUAAAAAACUUAAUCAGGGAAUUACUCGUGACCUUCAAGAACCUAAUAUGGUCCCCUCUAGCUCUAAUGGGCUAUCUUCUAGUUAUGAUUUUAGAGCAAAGACAUCAAACACUAGCGACCUUUGUGAAAUUGAAAGUUCACUUUGUGUGGAAGAUUCUAGUGAAAAGUUGGGACAGAGAAUAUAUGUUUCAGAAGCCAUGAAAACAAGAUAUGUGACCAUUAUGAUGAACACUCUGCUUACAGAAGCAGUGACUCUUAUGCUUAUAGAAAAGCAGCCUUGUGCAAUGAUUGUUGAUAACCAUAAUGUUCUAGUUGGUUUACUGACACUUAGAGACAUACAGGAAUUCAGUAGAUAUGCAAAAGCUAGAAGCAGAGUAUCCAAGGAGCUUUUAGUGUCUGAAAUGUGUUCUAUGGAUGGGGAAAUCUGUCGGGUACCAUGGGUGGCUACACCCAGUAUGAAUCUUCUUUCUGCUCAGAUGAUUAUGAAUAGGCAUGGUAUGAAUGAACUUCCAGUAGUUAUAGAGCAUCAUGAAGAUCAAAGAGGGCACCUAGUUGGCCUUUUGGACAGAGAAUGUAUCAGUUUAACUUGCAGAGCUGUAGCAGCCAGAGAAUCACUAAGCUAAUAUUGCACUGUAAGUCAUGGCUUGUUGGGAUGUCAGAUUACCGGCAAUGUUCAGAUUUGGAUGAUAUUAUCUCAAAGUUACAACUUGACAAAAGAAUACGCAGGAUCAACCUGAUUGUUGCAGUACAGGCCUCAUUCAACAACAGUAAGAUUCCUGCUAUAAAACUAGUUGUCUCGACAGCACUGGAAGGUAAAAAUUUUAAUCAAUAGUUGAGAGUAGCUCUUCAACUACCAUAUACAUUGAAUGGAUACAAGAAUGAAAAGAUUCAUGAGAGCUCAUACAAUGAUAUUGGAAUAGGCUUAAACCCAAUUAUACCUGACGUCAAUGUAGGAUUAGAAACUUUGUACAUAUUGAGGUUUCAACUUUAGCUAUUUUGGUUUGCCAUAUUCUUUUUAAUCUUAUAGGAUUGAGGUACAUAUUUUCUGGACUA